CGAAGCCAUCGAAGAAUUGCGUCUUUCUCUCGAUACAUCGAGAGUGACGGGAAGCGUAGGAAGGCAAGCGAAGGUGAUUGAGGUGUCCGGGGGCAGGCUGUUGAAUCGAAGUCUGUAGUUGGAAUCUUAGGAAUUGUUGGAUUCUCUUUCUCCAGUGAAGAUUGGUGCGGAAGAAAUCUAGGAACAGGUUAAAGAAUGGCGGGCGGGAACACGGUGCUUCAUCUGCCUUCGGGUCCUACGGGCCUCGUUGGAAAGCUUCAUCCGACGGUUUUGUUCAACAUCUGCGAUUCCUACAUUCGCCGAAACGAUCAACAGGAGCGUGUGAUUGGAACCCUACUCGGCUCAGUUUCAGCCGAUGGCACCGUGGACAUUCGAAACUCGUAUGCUGUUCCUCACAAUGAAUCUUCAGAUCAGGUUGCGGUGGAUAUUGACUACCACCGAACCAUGUUCGACCUACACCAGCGCGUUAGUCCCAAGGAAGUAAUCAUCGGAUGGUACUCCACUGGAGCAGGAGUGAGUGGUAGCGAUGCCCUCAUCCAAGAGUUCUAUGGGCGGGGGGAAGUAACGAACCCCGUUCACCUUACCGUGGAUACCUCUUUUGCGGAUGAGCGGACUAGCAUCAAAGCAUACGUCUCAACCAAUCUGACCCUUGGAGAUCGUCAGCUCGCAGCUCAAUUUCACGAGAUUCAACUGGAUUUGCGUAUGAUCGAGGCUGAGAGAAUCGGAUUUGAUGUCUUGAAAAAGACUAUGGUAGACAAGCUACCAAACGAUUUGGAAGGGUUGGAGGGAACCAUCGAGAGGCUGCACAUAAUGAUCGAGACCGUCUUCAGAUACGUAGACGAUGUUGUGGAGGGCCGAGUUGCACCUGACAACACAAUAGGAAGAUAUUUGGCCGACACAAUGGCCGCAGUUCCAAGGGUUGCACCAGAUGCGUUCGAUAAACUAUUCAAUGACGGUGUCCAGGACGUUCUGCUGGUAUUAUACCUGGCCAACUUAACGAGGACACAGUUAACACUUGCUGAAAAGCUCAACACUGCUGCUCAAAUAGUAUAAGCGGCAAAAAGAGUAGACAUUACCGGGCAGUCUCAAAUGAUUCAUUGCUUCAGGUGUAACUCCUACCUGGCUGUUCCCAGUCUCGUCAAAUAUCAAGUCCUCAGACAGUCAAAUAUAUAAGUCCCCCUUGUUUGGGGAUGUCUCUUUUUCCAGAUGGAGUUUCUGUUUGUUGGGCAGGUUGUGCCGGAAGAGUUUUAAUUAGUAUACGGCUGAAGACCGAGUGCGAUGAUGUAGUUCAGAGAGAAAGUUCACAGAGUUGAAUGUAUUUUUAAGUUGGAAAACUCCUUCAGUAACGAUUCGUAUUCGAUCAUCUACUCACUUCUCUGGGGGCUGGAAGAGGAUUAGUCGGUGUUAUGGUACAAGGGGUUGAAUGAGCUGUUCUUGGUGAUGCGGGGUAGUAACUUUAGGCCACGCUGUUUUGAAUACUUCUGCAGGUAUUCUUCAUGGUAGGAGUUGUUAGACUGGCUUAUGUAAAUCGUCGUGUAGGUAGUCAAGUCCGGGUUUCCAGAUUGGAUGGGAUCUACUACUUUUGCCAUAUCAAAUCCUGUUUCAAGUGUUUGACUGCGACAAAUCGAAGCCUUCGGUGCAGUUAGGUGUUAUUAUGCCGAAUUGAAGUUGCUGGAAAUGAGGAGUACCUGAAGGUAUUAGUUAUGUUAGGUAAUCGAGUGCAUGCCACAAAAAUGGUCAGAUCAACAUCUGACCAUCUUUU